AUUCCCCGCCGCUAUGUGCAACCUCCGAUCAAAUCAAGUCAUUUUAAAAGUUAGUUUAAGAAAACUUGUCGGAUCGAAAGGUCGUAAGCGGUUUCCGCGGCGCGUUCUGUGAAGCCCCCUCCAAAAGUCCGUAAAAAUAGCGCGCUCUUCCCUAUCCUUCUUUCGCGCAAAACCCCCUCCAACUGGCCAGGCAACAGGAACUACGGCCAGGCGCUUCCAACUCCCGCAACCUAACCAUAAAGCCAGGCGAUUGUGCAAUCGCAGGUGUUCGUUGGCUAUAUAAUCCACCUGUACGAUGAUCCGGAUCCGAUUUGGAAUGGAUGUGCUGUUAGUUUUACUACUUGCCACAUGCCUGCUGUCCCCUACACAUGGAACGCCACUGGAGUGGGACUUUGCCGUCACGCUGAGGACGAAGAUCCAGUUCAUGGACAGUUCCUGGCAGACGAUAGCCACCGCCGCCCACGAGUUCGACGAGCUGUCCGCCCUGACCUUCGAUGAGUCGGAGGAGCUGAUCUACUUCAACGACCUGAAGCACCGGAACGGCAGCAUAUUCUCCCUGAAAAGGGAUCUCAUAGCCGCCAACCACGUGGUGGAGCAAACGAUAGCACGCACUGGCAAUGAGUCUGUGGCAGGACUAGCCUACGAUCCACUGACCAUGAACCUCUUCUGGUCGGACACCGAGCAAAGGAAGAUCUUCUUCGCCCCCAUUCACGGCUCUGCGGCGCCCAAGGUUCUGGUGGAUCUGAGCGCGGAGGGUGGACGACCCGAUGGCGUGGCUGUGGACGUGUGCCGACGCAAGCUGUACUGGACGAACUCGAACGUCACGCAUCCGACCGUGGAGAGGAUCGAUCUGGAUGGCAGCAAUAGGACCGUGAUCGUCAACUCGGACAUUGAUAUGCCCAGGGGCAUUGUGGUGGAUCAGCUGUCGGAUCGCCUCUUCUGGAUUGACGACCUGAAGGGCGUGUUCUUCUCGGUGGAGAGCUCCAGGCUGGACGGUUCCGAUCGUCAGGUGGUGCUGAAGGACAAGCACCACGAGCCCUUGAACCUGGCCGUGACCAACGAUGCGAUCUACUGGACGGAUCGUACUACCAGGUCCGUUUGGAGUCACCCGAAAGUGCCGGUGAUAAGGGUAACCACCACCAGCAAGCCAGAGGAGGAGGAUUCCACGGAUGCCACGGACUUCAAGGACCCGGAGCCGGUGGCCGAGGACUGUCCGCUGGUGCGUGUUGCCAAUCUUAGCGAGGAGGCGCGCGGCAUUGUGGUUCGCACCGGUUUCUACCAGAGGCUGCAGAAUGACCACCACUGCGCCAGCAUCGUGCGCAAGGUGAAGCAGCGCGUGGAUGAGCAGAACAGGAAGUUCGAAAUAAGCUCACUGCUGGACCAGAAGAUGAGAGUACUCGAAAACGAGCGUUGCAUGAACAACGGUGAAUACAAGGCUGCCACGGAUCUGUGCAUCUGCCCCACAGGCUUCAAGGGUUCCCGUUGCGAGAUCCGCGAGUGCCACAACUACUGCGUCCACGGCACAUGCCAGAUGUCGGAGUCGGCCUACCCCAAGUGCUACUGCCAGCCGGGAUUCACGGGCGAGCGCUGCGAGGUGAGCGUGUGCGCUGGACUGUGCCUUAAUGGUGGUCACUGUCGAGUGUCCAAGGAAGAGACGGAAGCGCCGAGCUGUGAGUGUCCCGCCAAGUUUGGAGGAGCUCGCUGCGAGCAGAACUCCACGGAGAUCUGCGCUCUCUUCUGCCGUCUGUUGAAACACGAGCCGGAGAUGUAUGUGCCCUUCGGAUGUCACAGCAUCUGUGAGGAACUGGCUCAAGCCAAUAGCACCAACAUUGCUGUUCCGCAGUACCAGCAUUUGGACGUGUGCCUUACGCCCACCGUGUGGACAAGCAGCGUGAUCAUCAUCCUCGUCGUGGGCAUUGUGUCUAGCCUGCUCCUGGUGGCGGUGAUCGUUCACGGAAUCCGUCGCCUGUACAAGCCCAAGCGCCCACGCAUCAGGAAGACCUUUGUUGUUCGCAAGCAGGCCAGAACCAACUCGGCAGGAGACACGCCGCUCACCAACCGCCCACUGGCCACCGAGCAGUGCGAGAUCACGAUAGAGAACUGCUGCAACAUGAACAUCUGCGAAACGCCCUGUUUCGAUCCCAAGCUGGUGGAGCAGACGCUGUCCAAGUCCAGCUGCAAGGAGGAUAAGAAGAUACUCAUCCACAACAUGGAGGAUGACCUGUACUAGAGCGCGGCAGACGGACAACCAACUGCCCAGCCUGCCCCUCAAAACUGAACCUUGUGAUAGUCGCCGUCGUCGAGUGCGGAUUUGGUGUAUUCGAGCUUGAAAAGCUGCUGCCCGCCCGGCCCUCGACCCCGUUAGCCGCCAAGGUGCUCACCCAGGCGAUCAGCACUACUAGGAACCAACCAGCAACAGCAACAGCCACCACAGCAAAAGCAGCCCAAAAUUUAACACUCGCCUGGGACACUUAACACUCGCCAAACCAAACCAUUUACUUAAGCCGAAGCAACAUUUGUACUUAGCGAUCUUGGGAGCGUGCUUCGGUCUCGUUAAUUUAUUCGUAGGAUCAUUUUACGCCACAAUUAGGAUUUUAGCUCAAAGCUUCAUCAUAAUUGGUUCACCAUUUUUUCGAUUUCUUAAUUUUUAUUCGAUUUUUACUUUGAAUUCGUCAUGUUUGAAAUGAAUGCAAGUCGCGCGACUGACAUUAGCUUUAAAAACGGAUUACGCACGGAUACCAAGAGCCUGUAGAUCUUAAGCGGCCACAUGCGAUCAUUACACCCAAAGCUGUUGUAAUUAAUCCAUUCAAGUGCGUCACUGUCCAAGUUCCUGCUUCCCCUUGUGAAUACUUUCGAUACUAGAACAAUGGAAAAACCUCACCCACAAUGCGCAAAAUCUUGCCUUAUCUGUGUGAUUAGUUUCCACAACCAUCUCCAUCGUGCACUACUUAACAAAAUUCAGGAAAAACUAACCAAAAACAGUGGGGAAAACUCUCACAGAAAGACCGAGAGUUGUAAAUAUUAAUGCAUAGUUUAAUUUUAGUCGUAGUCCUUAAGAAAAGGGUUGAAUAAAGAAAAACUACAUGCAGUUGUA